AUGGGCGAACGCCGUUCGGAAGGGAGGGGCGAUGGCCUCCGUCGCCCCCGGCCGAUCCAAAGGGAGUCGGGUUCAGAUCCCCGAAUCCGGAGUGGCGGAGACGGGCGCCGCGAGGCGUCCAGUGCGGUAACGCGACAGAUCCCGGAGAAGCUGGCUGGCAGGAGCCCCGGGGAGAGUUCUCUUCUCUUUGUGAAGGGCAGGGCGCCCAGGAAUGGGUUCGCCCCGAGAGAGGGGCCCAAGCCCUGGAAAAGCGUUGCGGUUCCGGCGGCGUCCGGUGAGCUCUCGCUGGCCCUUGAAAAUCAGGGGGAGAGGGUACGCCUGAGAAAGGCAGCGACCAAAAACGAGGGUCCCGAGGAAGCCCCUGCGGCGGACAACGAUAUCAGGGGGCUGUCCAACCCAGGCGAACCACAGAUGUUGUUCGGGAAAGACCAGUCCAAACUGGCGGCCCUAAUCUUAGACGGCGAAGUGAACGGUCCGUGUGCCAUCCCCAUGCCAGAACUCACUCUGGCCUUCGCCAACAGGUGGCGGGCCACGAAGCCGUUCAAUGUGCUGGGCCAAUUCCGCGCCGAAGGAGGGGCCAACAAUGCUCAAAUAAGCAACUUUACAAAAUCAUAUACAUUACAAUCACACCAGAGAAUUCACACUGGAGAGAAAUCUUAUGGGUGUGAUCAAUGUGGGAAGAGUUUUACUCAGCCAAGCAGCCUGAAAUCACACCAGAGAAUACACACAGGAGAGAAACCUUAUAGCUGUACUCAAUGUGGGAAGAGUUUUACUCAUUCAAGCAGCCUGACUAUACACCAGAGAACACACACAGGAGAGAAACCUUAUAGCUGUGAUCAAUGUGGGAAGAGUUUUACUCAGUCAAGCAGCCUGACUAUACACCAGAGAACGCACACAGGAGAGAAACCUUACCACUGCUCUGACUGUGGAAAGAGUUUUGGUAGUUCAAGACAUUUAAAAUCACACCGGAAAACACACACAGGCGAGAAACCUUAUAGCUGUAAUCAAUGUGACAAGAGUUUUACUCAGUCAAGCAACCUGAUAGUACAUCAGAGAACACACACAGGAGAGAAACCUUAUAGCUGUGAUCAAUGUGGGAAGAGUUUUACUACAUCUAGUAGUCUGACUAUACACCAGAGAACACACACAGGAGUGAAACCUUAUAGCUGUAAUCAAUGUGACAAGAGUUUUACUCAUUCAAAGAGCCUGACUAUACACCAGAGAACACACACAGGAGUGAAACCUUAUAGCUGUGAUCAAUGUGGGAAGAGUUUUACUACAUCUAGCAGUCUGACUAUACACCAGAGAACACACACAGGAGAGAAACUUUACCACUGCUCUGACUGUGGAAAGAGUUUUGGUAGUUCAAUACAUUUAAAAUCACACCGGAAAACACACACAGGCGAGAAACCUUAUAGCUGUGAACAAUGUGACAAGAGAUAUACUGAUAAAAGAUAUCUGAUCAAACAUCAGAAAAUACAUACAUGAAGGAGUUGUUUCAUGAUAUCAAUGAAAUAAUGUCACAAUGUAGAAUGUUUUAA